AGCUGGAAGCUUCCCUCACAAGCCGUCGCUUUAAAUUUGAUUGUUUAUUUACACUUCUACAAACUGAGUUGGCAAAGCAAUGUGCAAGUUAUAGAUUUUGAAAUGCUCUUUCAAAAGUUGUUAAGAAUAUGAAUUUCGCUUUAACUUUAUUGCUCUCAGAUCACUUAUUUGUCUCUAAAAUAUUUCCUUCUGCACUUUAAUAUAAAAGCAAGUUUUCAACUUAUCAUACAACAAUGUGGUUUUUAUAUCUUCUCAGUUGGCUAGGAAUUGUCAUCCAAAUUAGCUUUAUAAUUCUAUCUGUUGCUGCUGGUCUUUACUAUAUUGCUGAACUGAUUGAAGAAUAUACAGUCUUCACUUGCAAAGUCAUUAGAAUACUAAUCUUGGUAACUAUGGCUGUGUAUGGAGGAUUAUUUUUAUUUGAAGAUUUCCCAGCUUCCAUGAUACUUUCUGGUCUUGUUAGUCAAGUGAUGCAUUUUUGGGUGCUAAGAACAUUUCCAUUCUUUGAUUUAACAUCAUUGCCAUUUAUUGGCGCUGUUGGUUUUGUUAUUUUUGAUCAUUAUUUAGCCUUUCGAUAUUUCUCAUCUGUGUACUACCCAUUUUCACAGGUUCUAGCCUACUUCACUAUUUGUUUGUGGCUUGUACCAUUUGCGUUUUUUGUUUCAUUGUCUGCAAAUGAAAAUAUCCUACCCACAAUGGCUGAAACUAGACCACUGAAUGCAGAUGAAAGUGAUGUUGUUACAAAUUACUUUUCCCGUCGAAGUAAGCGGUAUGGAUUGUUGUCUUUCUUCAAUUACGCAAAGGAGAGUAUUUUACCUCAAAGAGUCAAAAAAUCUUUCUAGUCUUUAUCAAGAUAUUUCAGCUAUGUAAAAUUUAAUUUAUUCCUGAGAUAUUUUAUUGUUUGCAAAUUUAAAGUAACUUUUUUAUAUGGAAAAAAAUUUUUUUUUACUUAUUGUAGUAGCUGUUUAUGUUUUUUAUUGUUUAUUUGCUGCCAGAUACAUUUGUUAUUAAAAUACUCUGUUUCUAAAUGCUCUUUUUUCAGUUAAUAUUGAAACCCAUACAUUUGUGAUUCUGUUUUGAAACUUGUUCAAUUUACUUGGUUUCAAGUGUAAAUUUAUCCAAGUGUGAAAAUGAACAUUCUAAAUAAUCGAUUCAUGUAAAUUUGCCAUUUAUUUCUUCUGUGAUUUUACACAAAUCUGUGUAGUGACAUACACAAAUAACAUUUUCAAGAACUCAAAGUUUAGUGAUCAGAUACUCAUUUAUUGAAGACUGAUGCUCAUUAUUUCCAAGGUUGUACUUUGAUUUAACUUAAAUGGUUUUGUUGAAUACUGAAUGUUAAUAUUACUUUUUUAAAAGGAACGUGAAUUAAUGUUCUGUUUUCAUUCAUUUCUGUAUUGUAAAAUAAAGAAUUAAAACUCUU